AGGAGGUGUCAUUUUCCUGGAAUGCCCUUUUCCUGAUUGCACGAGCUUUGAUCUGACUUCGGACACUCACAGUUGGACGGUUUGAAUGAACAUCUUGGCCUGGCAACCUUCAAUUAGAUCGAGUGUGCUUUUCCAAAAUAGUGUACGACAGUAACAACAAACAUGGAGGAUGGCGGCGAACAUGCGAAUGAUGCGAGCUUGGGACCAAAUUCCAGGAAGCGAAAUUUAAAGAGGAGAGAAUACAGGAGAAGGAAAAAAAAGCUAAAAGCAUCUGCUUUGAGAGCUGGCAUAAUGGCUUUAAAAUCAAAAAAAUUAAUGCCUCCCAAUUCAGAAAGGGUUGUUGCGAAUCAAUCUAGUAUAUCAAGUACCGAAGAGCCCGACAUACUAGAUUCGCGUUUCUCAGCAGAUUUUUCAACAGACAUGGAUACUGAAGUUAGUCGGCAAUCAGCGAUACCAAGUCCCGCGCCAAGCUCAGGGUCGUCAAGCACUCAUGAUGUUGCAGUGAUCACUCAAUCUGAACAAUCAAAUUCUAAUUCUACCGAUGGAACUGGAAAUUUGCGAAACUUUCUAAGAACGUGGGCUCUCCAAAAUCGUGUGCCUCGGACGCACGUCUCAAAAUUGUUGAAAGGAUUGAAAGAGCAUGUAGAAGUUCAACACGGAAUUUUAUUAAACCUUCCAAGUGAUUACCGGUCACUUCUUGAGACGCCCAGGAGCACUUGCCUCGUUCAACCUGCAGGAACCUUCGGAAACUUUGCUUAUCUUUCGCCAAAGAGAGGCAUCAAUGAAGCAUUCCGUCGAGGUUUUCGACCAAAAGCACCCGACAAUACAAUUCAGCUGAUCACGUUUUUUGACGGAUUCUGUCCGGAAAACAACAGCUCUAACAAAUUUUGGUCAGUUUUGCAUUCCUUGGUCGGUGAUGAGACUCAUUUUGUUUUUAUGAGUGGUCUCUACUGUGGCACAGCAAAUCCGCAUCCAUUUAAUGACAUAAUGGAAGAUUUAGUUCACGAAUACAAGGAACUGCAGAACGGAUUCAUGAUUGAAAAUUUUGAUGAAGAGCUUCGGCUUGAAGUUGGUGGGCCAGUUGUGGCAGAUAUGCCAGCCAAAGCUGGAUGCUGCUAUGUAAAAGUUGGCGGUUACUAUUCUUGUGAUAAGUGUACUGCAAAAGGAGAGUGGAACCGUGCCGGUAAAACGGUUAUCUUUAAAGAUCUGACUUGUGUCCUAAGGACUGAUGGCUCAUUCAGGGCUCGUAAACAAAAAGAUCACCAUCAUGGCAAAAGCAUUCUAGAAGAACUCGAUGUGGACAUGGUUGCUGACUUUCCUAUAGAUUACAUGCACUGCACGUGCUUAGGGACAACAAAGCGCCUCCUUGUGAUUUACAUCAAAGAAAGUCGGCUCUCCAAGGUGGCCAUUAAAGAGGCCUGCGAACUUUACAAGACAACCCUGUCGUCGAAACCAACAGAAUUUAGGUGGAAGACCAGCACUUUGGACUUAGAUAAAUUUGAAAAAGUUCAAGGCAAAACAAUUUAGAUUCCUGCUGCUCUACUCUGGUAUUGUUAUCUUCAAAAAAACUAUGCCACAGGAAGAUUACGAGAAUUUCCUUAGGUUGUCAUUAGCAACAAGGAUUCUGUGCUCGAAGACUCUCGUCAAACAGGAAACGUGGCUAGGUGUUGCAGAAACACUCCUAAAGCGAUUCGUAGAAUUUGUUAAAAAGAAGAUUGGGAGUCGGCACUUAGUCAGAGUAGUGCAUUCACAGCUCCACUUGGUUGACGAUUGUAGAAGAUUCGGAUCACUGGAGGAAUUUUCAGCCUUUUAUUUCGAGGGAUUUCAGGGAAGGCUUGGAAAACUUAUCACCGGGCCGAACCUGCCUCUUCAGCAGAUAAUAUUACGAUACUUGGAGCAAGAGGCAGGACACUGCACUUUUCAACCGUCAGGGAGAAUUGAAGAAAGAAAUGUCACCCUCGGUGACCUGGUUGGCCACUCGAAGAAAGAAAAAUUCCAUGCAAGCAUCGAAUUCAGAGGAUAUCUGAUAACCUUGGAGCAUCCUGACAACGUAAUAUUAACCAAAAGCGGCAAAAUUGGAAUCGUAAAAUCUAUCGUGAGGAAAGGCAGCAAAAUCUUUUUACGUUUUUCACCAUUCAGCGGUCCAAUGGUUGACUACUUCUCAGCGCCAUUCCACUCUUCAAAACUGAAUAUCGUCUCCACAUCAGUUUCGGCUUUUGAGGAUGAAAUUGACGUGAAAAUAGACGAUUGCCUCAAGAAAUGCCUCCAUUUUUAUGCAAACGGCGAGCACAUUUUCAUCCCAAUGAUUCAUUAAAAGAGGGUUUAUCAAUUUGCAACUGUAGUUUGUAAUAACUCUGGACCUGAUGACUUUGAGACCGCUGAAGUGGUCUCCACACGGUGGAUCAAUCCUAAAAACAAAACAUGUCUGAUGCCUGAGUGCACUCCAUUAGAGUAUAAGAAACUGUUGGUGCGGCACGCAGAUCCCAAUAAUUCAAAGAGGAAGUGGGAUGUUCAUGAUUAUCUAAAAAUUUUAGGGAGUAAAGACAACUACAAUUCAGCGGUGAAGUUAAUUGAUGACUCUGAUUAUGUAACUACAGAAGUUGAUGACGAAAGACAUCGUGAUGACGACUCUGUUAACCAGAGACCGGUAAGGAAGGUCGGAAAGUCCAGUAAAUAUAGGGACUUUGUCACCGAUGAAAGGAACCCUGAAAGCUCAGGGAGUGAAGCUGUCCGAAAGAAAAAGCAACGACAAGCAAUUUCGGAAAGCAGUGAUUCCUCAAACCAAUUAUCAGAAGAUGACGACCUUGGUGCUGAUGACUUGGAAGAAAUUCCGGAAGACGAGUCAGUUGUAAAAGUGAACACACCGAUUGACUCUAUUAAUUCUGCUGAAGAUUCCUCUGCUGGUUAUACAACAAGGAGUACAAAAACUGUGAAAAUCACUCACCAAAUUUUAAAGACGCCCACAAAAAUUCCAAAAGUCAGCUCACACCUUCCAAAAUCUGACCAUUCAAAAAUUUCCAAUGACCUCGAAUAUAUAAAAGGAAUGAUUAGCACGCACUAUGAGCUGUCUUUAAAGACACAAGAUUCGUUGAUGGAGCUCACCAAGACCAUAAGCAGGUUGUCUAUGAAAAAUUCAUGGAAGCCCGGAGAGCAGCCGGAGGAGUCUCCUAAUUUUGAAACGUUUCGUAGAGGGCUCCCUUUAAAGUCAAUGAUUGAAUUUGAAGAAUUCAAUGAAGCGAUCAAGGAGGACCGUACCCUGUAUAACAACAUGGUUUCCCAUUUGGCUGAAGUUGUCGUUAAUGGCAGUCUUACAAACGCUGUAAAUACGAUGCUGCGAACGCUGAUGAUGGACGCCGUUGGACGCCUGUUUAAUAUGAGUGGCGCCGACAAAAACAACAAGCAGAAGAAGAUUGCAUUCAGCCAAACUUCUGUGGCAGAACUGGCCAUAGACGCGCUACUUGCAAGUGGAGCUAAGACUGAACCAAAUAUUAGCAGAGGUAACGUUGUCUUGAAAAUGAGGAGAUGGCUGCAGGAUGCACCAACCAGGUACAACAGAAAACUUCAGACUUCGGAGGCCAAGAAAUCUGUUAUAACAGAUGAUAGUGAUGAAAACACUAGCGUGAAAAGCAAUCAACUUGAACCUGAAAAUGUUGGCGAAAGCUCAGAUGGUGAACGUGAAACACUGACGAAGAGGAACGAGAAGCGUGGCUCCACAAACAGGGUUCCCUUUCAAACCACCAGACAAAUAUCGUCAACAAGUUUUGCCAGCAGCGGCUCUGAUGGAGAAAUGCACAAAAAAGGAAAGUAAAAGAGAAAAUGGGUAUAAA